AUGAGCAACUUCGACCUCCCAUCGCCCUCCUCCCCGCGCUGCAGCCCCCAGUUCCCCAGCAUCGGCCAGGAGCCCCCCGAGAUGAACCUUUAUUAUGAAAACUUUUUUCACCCACAAAGCGUGCCCAGCCCUCAGCGGCCCCCAUCCUUCGAAGGAGGUGGCGAAUAUGGGACCACCCCGAACCCCUACCUCUGGCUCAACGGACCUGCAAUGACUCCGCCGCCCUACCUGCCUGGCACCAAUGGCAGCCCCUUCCUGCCCCAGGCCUAUGGCAUGCAGAGGCCUCUACUGCCUAGUAUGGCCGGGCUGGGGGGCAGCGAUCUGGGCUGGCUGCCCCUCCCCUCACAGGAGGAGCUGAUGAAGCUGGUGCGACCCCCCUACUCCUACUCGGCUCUGAUUGCCAUGGCCAUCCACGGGGCACCCGACAAACGCCUAACCCUCAGCCAGAUCUACCAGUAUGUGGCCGACAACUUUCCCUUCUACAACAAGAGCAAAGCCGGCUGGCAGAACUCCAUCCGCCACAACCUGUCGCUCAACGACUGCUUCAAGAAAGUACCGCGGGAUGAGGACGACCCUGGCAAAGGGAAUUACUGGACGCUGGACCCCAACUGUGAAAAGAUGUUUGACAAUGGAAAUUUCCGUAGGAAGAGGAAGAGAAAAUCGGAUGUUUUCUCCAGCACGGGCUCCUUGUCCUCAGAGAAAACUGAGAACAGUCUCCUGACAGGCAGCCCCAAGACGGAGCCCCAGGAAAUCUUAGACAGCACCUCACCAGGCACCACCAACUCCCCAGAGAAGCAGUCCUCCCCUCCCACUUCUGGUGCCCCAUGCCUCAACAAUUUCCUCUCCACCAUGACGGCCUACGUGAAUGGGUCAAGCCCCGUGAGCCGCUCUGCAGCAUCACCAGGACUGAGCCCUGAGCCCAUUGACAAGACGGGGCAGAACUUGCUGAGCUUCAAUUCCUAUACCCCACUCACCAACCUCAGCAGCCACGGGGGUGGGGGUGAAUGGGCCAGCCCCAUGCCCACCAACGCUCUUGGCUAUGGAGGGUCUGUCCUCAACCAGUUCAGCCCUCACUUCUACAACAGCCUCAACACCAACAAUAUCCUCUACCCCAGGGAGGGCACCGAGGUCUAG